CUGGAAUCGUUUCAUUUAUUUAUUUAAUAAUUCAGUCAUGUGGAUGAAAUGCACAGGAGCGGAUGACGUAGCGCGCGCGUUCUAACGUGUGUGUAUGUGUGUGUGGGCGUGGAGGAAAAUGUCAACGUGCAGCGCAAGAGGAGGAGAAGGCUGGAGCUGAUGAGGGUCAUGUUAUUACGAAGCUUCAGCCUUUGCGUUAGCUGCUCUAAAAUAUCUGAUAUCCGGGGAGGAAAGUUUCUAAAGGGGUCGGCUGUCGGCAGUUAGCGGAGCCCGGGGUGUUGAGGAGGCGGGAGAGGUGAGUUCAUUGAGCCCUCCACAGCGAAGCGAAGCCCAGCCUCCCUUCCUGCAUGUGAAGCAGAUUGGGCAGAGACGUUCACAAGCCUCGGGCCACUUGUGACCGCCGUUGACCUCCUAUUUCAGGUAGAAACUGUGUGCAACCUUUAGCAACAAUGUAGACUUUUCAACGUCCUGAUGAUGAUGAUGAUGAUGCAGGGCCUUGUAGGGAGGAGGAGCAGCGACUGAUUUUCUCCUCAAUUUUAUCACACCCUGCACUCUAUGUCCGUCCCGACUGGGCGGCUAGAGUGCUAUGUCAUCGACCACACCCCCAUCGGCUCAACCGUCUAAGAAGGGACGGAAGCCGGAGAAAUCGGAGGUGAUGGCUGAUUCGGUGCCGGCCACCAAUGAGGAACUGAGGAGCAAGAUCAUGGACCUUCAGAUAGAGCUACAGCAGGAGCGCGGGAAGGUAUGCAAACUCCGCGAGCGGCUCCAGGAGCAGCGGCAGGCUCGCGAACUUGAGCAACACAAGCAUGCGGUAGCGCUCACUGACCUGCGUGCCAAACUCCAUGAAGAAAAGCUACGUGAAAUCGCUGCCAUACGGGAGACUCUGGCACGGCAGCAUGAAGCCGAGCUGGCUAGAACAAUCAAGAUCAGGGAUACUGAGGUUCAGAGGCUGCAGGGUCUUGUGAAUGCACUGAGAGAUGGAGCUGCUGACAAGCUCAAAAAUGCCCUUCUUGCAGAGGCUAGGGAGGAAGCCAGGAGAGCCUUUGAUGGGGAGAGAAUUAAGCUCCAGCAGGAGAUUCAGGAGCAGAAAAUGGCUCGGAAGCAAGCCGAAGAGGCUCAUGCAAACGCUCUUCAGGCUGAUAAAGCCAAAGCAGCUGAUCUCCGCACAGCCUACCAACAGCACCAGGACGAGGUGCACCGCAUUAAACGCGACUGUGAGAAAGACAUCCGCCGGCUGAUGGAUGAGUUGAAGGCAAAGGACCGGGUGGUGUGCGCUCUGGAGAGGGAGCUGGGGUUACAGGCUGGCUAUGCCCAGAAGCUUCAGCUCCAAAAGGAAGCCCUGGAUGAGCAGCUGGGUCAGGUACGAGAAGCCGAGAGACACAACCAUGGCAGCCCGAAGAGAGAAGUGGUGCCUGGACUAGGAGAAAACCCAGACUUGCUCAACAACCAGUUGUUGUCUUCCUCCUCCUCUUCUCCUCUCCCCACGGCUUCACAGGAGUUGGAGGAGCGUGACAUGAGGAGGUUCCAGUUGAAGAUUGCAGAGCUCCACUCAGUCAUCAGGAAACUGGAGGACAGAAAUGCACUACUGGCCGAUGAGAGGAAUGAACUAUUGAAACGGGUGCGAGAGGCAGAGAGCCAAAUGAAGCCCAUGUUUGAGAAGAAUAAGCGGCUGUCCAAGAAAAAUGAUGACCUCCUGCAAACACUGCAGCGCAUGGAGGAGAAACUCAAGAACCUGAGCCGUGAGAAUGCUGAGAUGAAGGAGAAAGCUUCCUCCUCUCGGCCACCAUCACAGCAGCAGUCCGUUCAGGCCCAGAUGAAGCGACCAAGCUCCCUGACCGACCUGACCCACGCCCAUGAGGAACAGGAAGUAGAGUUCCUCAAGCUGCAAGUUGCUGAGCAACGCGGCAUCAUUGAUGAGCUCACGCAGGAACGUGAUCGAUUGGUGAUGAGCAAAAAGAACAGGAAGAAACCGUUCAAGCUGCCGAAAAGGCAUGUUGUGGAGACAUAUUUUGGAUUUGAUGAGGAGUCGAUAGACUCUGAAACCUCCUCACUGACCUCUUAUAACACUGACCUCACUGACCGCACGCCUGCAACUCCAGAGGAGGACUUGGAAGAGAGCGUUUCCCGUGAGGAGUCAGAGCUUCGUUUUCGUCAGCUCACUAGAGAGUACCAGGCUCUUCAGCGGGCCUACGCUCUCCUGCAGGAGCAGACUGGGGGGUCUCUGGAUGCAGAAAGGGAGGCCAGGACCCGUGAGCAGCUGCAGGUGGAGCUCAGCAGCUGCCAGGCAAAGAUCGUGGAUCUGGAGAAGGCCCUGGCUGAGCGGGGGCAGGAUUCAAAGUGGGUAGAGGAGAAGCAGUACUUGCUCAGGACCAACCAGGAACUGCGUGAGAAGAUGAGUGCGCUGCAGCAGGCGGAGUCCCGGCUGCAAGCUGAGGUUCAGGAUGCUCGGGACCAAAAUGAGCUGCUGGAAUUCAGAGUCCUUGAACUGGAAGAAAGGGAGCGCAGAUCACCUGCCCUCAAUCUCCACAUGUCUGCGUUCCCUGAGAACAGUAGCAGUGCCCUGCAAGGCUACUGCCACCAGGAGGGAGUCAAGGAUGUAAUCAUUCCUGAACUGAUGAAGAAGUUGGAUAUUCUGGGAGAUAAUGGGAAUCUCAGAAAUGAAGAGCAGGUGGCUGUGAUCCAAGCGGGGACUGUGAUCUCACUCUGUGAAAAGUGGUUGAAGCAGAUAGACAGCACUGAGGCUGCCCUCACGCAGAAGAUGAUCGACUUGGAAAAUGACAAGGAGCUGUUUAGUAAGCAGAAAGGAUUCCUUGAGGAGGAGUUGGACUACAGGAAGCAGGCCUUGGACCAAGCCUACAUGAGGAUCGAGGAGUUGGAGGCCACGCUGUAUAGCGCUCUGCAGCAGGAGCAGCCGGCAUGCCAGGCGGUGGCUGAGUCGCUGACAGACAGGCAGAGGGAGGAGCUGAGGCUAGCCGUGGACAAGCUGCGGCGUCAGAUUCUCCGGCAGAGCCGGCAGUAUGACAGUCAAAUCUUACAGGAGCGCAUGGAGCUCCUACAGCAGGCCCAGCAGAGAAUAAGAGAGCUGGAGGACAGGAUUGACUUGCAAAAGAGACAAAUAAAGGAAAUAGAGGAAAAGCAUUUAUUCUUUGGCCUUAAUGAAAAUGCCCAUGGACCCACAUCAGGUGUUAAGGUGCUGUGGUGGCGAGCGAAGAUGAGACAAAACCUAAUUGUUUUUUAUGCAUUUGUAGACAGUUCAACUAAACCUUAUGGCCUUUUUGAUAAAUGUGCACUUUUGCAGAAGACUGGAAUGCAAACAUAUUUGAAAAUUUAAUAAAUAACCAGAUAUACAUGAG